CCGCGUUCCCUCGGGUCCGAUCCCCGACGGCAGCCCUCUAGGAUGCCAUUCCCGGACCUGCUCCAAGUCGGUUUCGACGGGCACGGCUCUGACAACGGGCCGGGAGGCAGCGGGGCCGGCGGAGGGGGCGGCGGGGGCGGCGGCAGUGGCGGGGGCUCGGACAGCCCGGGAGUAGUUGUCACCGGAGUCCCUGCCACCGCCGGGGGUGCUGCCGUAGUCGGAGCGGGAGGCGGCGAGGGCAACCGCACCUUCCCGGGAGCCCCGGGGGUCGCGUGCCCCGCGGGCAGCCCCGGCAGCGCGGGCGAGGUGAACGACACAGCUGCCGUGGGGGGCGUGGUGGUGAGCGCCCAGGCGCUGGGCGUCGGGGUCUUCUUGGCCGCCUUCAUCCUCGCGGCCAUAGCUGGCAACCUGCUGGUCAUCCUCUCGGUGGCGUGCAACCGCCACCUGCAGACUGUCACCAACUACUUCAUCGUCAACCUGGCAGUGGCCGACCUCCUCCUCAGCGCCACCGUGCUGCCCUUCUCGGCCACCAUGGAGGUUCUGGGCUUCUGGGCCUUCGGCCGGGCCUUCUGCGACGUGUGGGCAGCUGUGGACGUCCUGUGCUGCACCGCCUCCAUCCUCAGCCUCUGCACCAUCUCGGUGGACCGCUACGUCGGGGUGAGACACUCGCUCAAGUACCCGGCCAUCAUGACUGAGCGCAAGGCGGCCGCCAUCCUGGCCCUGCUCUGGGCCGUGGCCCUCGUGGUGUCUGUGGGGCCCUUGCUGGGCUGGAAAGAGCCCGUGCCCCCGGACGACCGCUUCUGCGGCAUCACCGAGGAAGCCGGCUACGCGGUCUUCUCCUCGGUCUGCUCCUUCUACCUGCCCAUGGCCGUCAUCCUGGUCAUGUACUUCCGGGUCUACGUGGUGGCCCGGAGGACCACGAGGAGCCUGGAGGCUGGGGUCAAGAGGGAGCGGAGCAAGUCCACGGACAUCGUCCUCCGCAUUCACUGCCGGAGCUCGGGCCCCGAGGACACCCGAGCCGCCAAGGGCCACAACUUCCGCAGCUCACUGUCUGUCCGGCUGCUCAAGUUCUCCCGGGAGAAGAAGGCGGCCAAGACUCUAGCCAUCGUGGUGGGCGUCUUCGUCCUCUGCUGGUUCCCGUUCUUUUUCGUCCUGCCCCUAGGCUCCCUCUUCCCCCAGCUGAAGCCGUCGGAGGGCGUCUUCAAGGUCAUCUUCUGGCUGGGCUAUUUCAACAGCUGCGUGAACCCCAUCAUCUACCCCUGCUCCAGCAAGGAGUUCAAGCGCGCCUUCCUGCGCCUGCUCAGGUGCCAGUGUCGCCGCCGCCGCCGCCGGCCCCUCUGGCGCGUCUACGGCCACCACUGGCGGGCGUCGGGGGCUGGGGCAGGCCCCGGGAGCUCCCGGCGGGACUGCGCGCCCCUCGGGGCGGCCCCGACGGCCCCGCUAGCCCGGCCCGCCUCCCUGCUGCCCGGAGGCCCGCCCGACGGCGCGGCCGGGCCACGGCUCAAGGCCACGGCCGCCUUCCGCGACUGGAAGCUCUUGGGGUCCUUCAAGAAGCCCACGACGCAGCUGCGGGCCAAGGUCACCAGCCUGUCGCACAAGCUCCGCGCCGCGGGGGCGUCGGGGGGCUCCCCGGGCGGGGGGCCGGCGGGCAGCCCCUCCCGCAGCGAGGUGGAGUCCAUCUGCCUCGGGGUCCCCCAGGAUGGCGUGGAGGCGGCCGCCUACCACGCCUACGACUUGGACGACUACAGUGGCCUCCGGGAGACGGAUAUUUAAAGGAGCCCCCCUCCCCCGCGCGGUCCGUGGGGCCCUGGCCGUGGGGUCUGCUUGGGGCUGGUGUACGAUGGGGAAGGGUAGAGGUGGAUGGAAAACUGGCCCGAGACGGAAGGGUUACUGCAGGGGGUGCGGCCCCGCUGAGUCCGGGGCAUACACUGAUCGCACCAGGGCACUUCCGGCCGUGAGUUCAAGGGCAGCUGCGGCGGGAGGGGCUCGGGCUCAGCGGGGAUCAAGGCUGCGGGUCAGACUGAGCCCCGAUGUUCCAUCUCCUGGGCUUGGGACCCUUCCAGCAUCUCUCUCAGAAGGGAAGCCCAGCCCCUCGGAUCAGUCCAGCAGGUUGAAGAACACCCACCUGAGGGUGCUGGCAGGGGCUGAGGGCUCCGGGCCAGGGGCCCUCCGGACCCCAGGACCAAACCCCCCCUCAGGCUCAAUCUGCCCCGGACCCUGGGCACCUCCAGACACGGAGCCAAUCUCCAUCCCUAGUAGAGUAAAGGCACCCCGGUCUGACUUUCCACUUAAGAGCCCAUUGGGAAAGCUUCCCACACCCAAAGCUGGACCCCAGAUGUAAGGGAAGCCACAACCUACUACCCCUUGGAACACUCCUGCCCCUCCCCCUGCCCAACCUCUUGCUAUGGCCCUAGGACAGGGAUCUGCACUUCUGUCUUCUGUGGGAGAGCUUAAGGUCCCUUCCCGCACUAAUAAUAUCUGAGUCUAUGAGAGAGGCAGUGUGGUGGAAUGGAUAGAGGGCCAGCCUUGGAGUCAGGAAGCCCUGGGUUCAAGACCUACCUCUGACACACACUGACUGUGGGCAAGUCAUUUCACUUCUUGGUGACCCAGGCAACUAACUCAUUUAAGACUCAUGUCCCAGAUGAGGUCCUACAUGAGUGGAGGGAACCUUCACCCAAGAAGUUACCUGCCUAACAGGCUCACAUAUCCAGAAUAUAUUCCCCCUGGCAAAAUAACAGAACUCCUAUGAUUCUUUCAUUCCUUUCCUGGGUGUUGUGGUCCCUGGACCUCUCACCCCUAGGUGCUCACUGGUCUGGCUCAGGGGAGGGAAAGGUCCCCCUGGUUCUUCUACAAGUACUCUUCUCUUGGCCCAGCCUCAAAUCACUGAAGCCGUGGGUGAAGACCAUGAAUUGCAGUACUGCCCCUCCCACACACAUACUAUUUGGAGUUCUACUCGCCAACUGCCCCCUUUUCCAAUGGGUGUCUCGCCCAUUGGGAGUCAGUGGCGGGCGGCCCAUCCCCCAGUAGCCUCUCUGCCCUGCAGACUCCCCCUUCUGUCUCUUUUCCCUCUGCCUCCCACUGCUUCUCCAAGGUAGCUGGAGAAAAGGAGGACCACCUCUGAAGAUGUAGGAGCUGUCCGUCCCCAAGUGCACACCUACCCAGCCAGGCCCCUGCCACUGAGCAACACUCCCACCUGGACACGCCUCUAUCCUGACAGGCCUCCGGCCACGGUUGCUCCCCACCGCAGCCAAAUUCCGCCGUCCUUACUGUUUACACUGUACAUAUCUUGCGUGCAUGUUAUAAUGCUUCUUGCCAGUGUUUGGGAACAUCGAUGGAGUGUUUUUUCUUUUCCCUUUUUUUUUUUUGGAGAUGUAUUUAUUGGUCAGAAUAUUUCUCUUUUGUGACUCGCUCUGUGCCACCGUACCCCCUGCAAGUCCCUGCUCCCUUCAAAAUAGCUUUGCUUUCUUUGUCUAAAGUCCAGCGGGCAUUCGGUGGCCAGAUAAUCAGCUGCAUGCAGACUGGCUUUAUGCUGCUGUUUCAGGUUUAUGCUGUAUGAGGGAAGAAUAGAUUCUAAUUGUUUAUUCGACUGAUUGCUGCUAUCCUCAGAAGCUGUUAGCGUGGCAGAAAGGCCUGUGAGAGAAGCAGUGUGCUCCAGUGGGUAGAGGGCCAGUCUUGAAAGCAGGAAGCACUAGGUUCAAAACCUACCUCUGAUAUCUAACCGGCAUUAAACAUUUUUUCAAACAAAACAAACCCGUUAACUCUCCUCGGGGACAUAAGCACAACUUUUCACCUUGCCUUGUUCAACAGGUAGGUUCGAGAUGUGCCCAGAGUCCCAAAUGAAGAGGCAGCCGUCAGUUAAAUGAACAAAGCAUGACAUUGCAAAACAGAAGCAGGAGAACAGGUUGAUGGCCCCAAGAUCCUCAGAUCUGACUGUCAUCUUUGGCUCCAAUAUCCAGCUUUUCAUUUCCUGUAUCCUUCCCAAAACUAAUAAGCUUUUAUCUCUAUGCUGCUGUUGUCAGCCUGGGAGAAAUCACCCUGGUCCCAAAGGCCCUUGGGUUCCUGUUCACAGCUUGGUAAGGAGCAUACCCUCUUAAGAAACUCAAAGAGAUAGAAAAAAAAAAAAACGGAAAAACGGAAAAGAAAAAAAGAGGUAAUUUGAGGAUGUAAAACCCAGACAGCAUGGCCCAAAAUUACCAUAAGGGAAAGUUAAUGAUAUACAAGGAGAGAACAGAAGCUUAAAAAUUACAGUAAUUUCAGACCUAUCAAACUUCUCCCAUCCAAGAUUAAAAGGGUCCUGUAAUUUCAGGCUUGUAAUGUCUGAGGGGAAAAAUGCUGGUUUACCAUAAUUUCCAGCCUAUUGCAUGCAUGGGAAACUCAAAUUUGACUUGAAAGAGGCUGAUGUUCUCUGAUUCUCUACCACUUUCCUGUAAGAUUGAAAUAAUGUUAUCUCAAGCCUGUAUUGUACCCUCUUAAUUCAAGGGAAGAAGUACGGGGUUACCAUCAUUUCCAACUCAUCCCAACCUGUGGGGUGAAUGGAGCGCUUUUAAGAUUGAUGGGGAGGGGGGCAGUUAGGUGAUUCAGUGGAUAAAGCACCAGCCCUGAAUUCAAGAGGACCUGAGUUCAAAUCUAGCCUCAGAUACUUGAUACUUACUAGCUGUGUGACCCUGGGCAAGUCACUUUAACCCUCAUUGCCCUGCAAAAGAAAAAAAAAAAAAGAGUGAUGGAGGGACAUGGUUUCCAACCGCUCUCACAAGGCUGAAAGGUCACCUUGUUUGCAAGGCAAGUGGCCUCCCCCGGGCUGGUAAGUCCUCAGAAGCCAAAAAAAGUAAACUAAAAACCAGUGUGGUAUUUUCAAUUUGUGAGGCUCCUGGAAGGGUUUGAAGUAGGGAAUCCCCAAAGGGAAGCAUGUUCUGGGUGGGGGAGGGUUCUGUCUGGUUAGCAGCACCUUGUCAAGUUCCCAUGGCUGUGUGUAAUCGGCCAGAAUUGCCAGAUGGAGAAAUGAGACCCCACAAAAGGCAAGGAACUGGGAUUGUUCCUCUGGGGAAAGUGAAAACUAAGAAAAUAUCACAGGCUUCGAGUUCAUGAACAAGGUCUGGGGGAAGAAGGCCAAUGUUGCAGUAAGAAUUUGAGAUGCUGGACCCUGGGAUGAGCAUGGGGAGUCCUCAGAUGGGGGAGGGAGCAUCCAUCACCUACCCUGGGGAUUACAGAAGGAGGAUAGGGGAGAGAGUGAAAGAGCCCCUGACCCACGGCCCCUCCCAGCAGCCUGGUCUUAUUUGCAGCUGUCCAUUAACACAUUGUGAAGUGAAUCGUCUGUCUCCCCGCUCCCCGACCCGUGUCAGGCCCCUCUCUCCAGGUGCCUAGUGCCAUCAUGGGCACUGCCAGUCCCAGGCAGAGUCAGCUCUCCCUGCCCGGCCCCGACUUAUUUGGUCAGGGAGGAUGAGAGUACUCCUCGAAGCUGAGGGACUGAGCAUAUCAGGGAGUCGGGAAGGGGUAAUUUCCUGGAGGCUGGCCUCCCUCCCACUGCCAGCCCCUAGCCACCACUCAGUGCCAUCUCUGCCAGAAUCUGUGCCCCAAGGGGCUUCUGUGGAAACUUGUUCUAAUGAUCAA